ACUUUUCAUUUUUAGACUGUCUCCGUGUGCCAGUGGUGAAGUGACGCAUGCGUAAUUUGGCCCACACGGUCUGCCGUAGUCGGAAAGAUGGCGACCUUAGCGCUGGUUAGCCGUCCUGCUGGUGUCCUUCCAAGGAUUGCAAGUGGCUGCUCCCCUGCUGUGUUGUCAGCGGCCUCCGUCACCUCCGUCCAGCAGAGGAAGCUCCACCAUGCCGUCCUCCCCAAAGGGAAAGGAGGCCGCUCCUCCUCCAGUGGGAUAGCGGCGACGGUGUUUGGUGCUACAGGUUUCCUGGGGCGAUACGUGGUCAACAGGCUGGGUCGGAUUGGCUCUCAGGUUGUAAUCCCUCACCGCUGCGAUCAGUAUGAUGUCAUGUACCUUAGACCCAUGGGUGAUCUUGGACAGAUCCUUUUCAUGGACUGGGAUGCCAGGAACAAAGACUCCAUCAAACACGCUUUGGAGCACUCUAAUGUUGUCAUCAACCUGGUGGGCAGAGAGUGGGAGACAAGUAACUAUCGCUUCGAGGAUGUCUACGUGAGCAUCCCUCAGCAGAUUGCCAAGGCAGCCAGAGAGGCCGGCGUCACCAAGCUCAUCCACAUGUCUCACCUCAACGCCGACAUACGCAGCCCGUCCAAAUACCUCAGGAACAAGGCCGUAGGAGAGGCAGCAGUGAGAGAUGAGUUUCCUGACGCGAUCAUCAUGAAGCCCUCGGAGAUCUUUGGCAGGGAGGACAGGUUCUUCAACUAUUUUGCAAAUAUGCGUUGGUUUGGGAAUGCUAUUCCACUCAUAUCCCGGGGGAAGAAGACCGUGAAGCAGCCUGUUCAUGUGGUGGAUGUGGCCAAGGCCAUUGUCAAUGCUAUCAGAGACCCGGAUGCUAAUGGAAAGACCUACGCUUUAGUUGGUCCAAACCGUUACCUCCUGCAUGACCUGGUGGAGUACAUCUACGCAGUGGCACACAAACGUUUUGUGGCCUACCCCCUGCCCCGCCCACUAUACCACCUUGCUGCUCAGUUUUUCGCAAUGAGUCCAUUCGAGCCCUGGACAACCCCAGACAAAAUCGACAGGUUUCACGCAACAGACCUGACGUACCCAGGACUCCCUGGUCUGGAGGAUCUAGGCAUCACUCCUUCCUCUGUAGAACAAAAGGCAAUCGAGAUUUUACGUCGCCAUCGCGCUUUCCGUGACCUGGAAGCUGACCAGGAUGAUACAAAGCCCGCCAAGACUGUCAGCUAUUAGAAUAGCAACAACACCAGGGCAGCCAUAGGAUGUCAGUCCCUCUUAUUGUUUGGUCAUUAACUAUAUUCUGUACAUAAAUUAAUAAAAAGUAUCCUCCAGAUGUU